ACAGCAUCUUUAACAAGCUUUCCCCUUCGCUCUUUUCCCUCGAUGUCUUUUGGAGAGAAGAGAAGUGAGGCGAUGAAACCGAUGCUUUCACUGGUUUGACUCGGACAGCGCAGCCGCUCCGCUCACAUAUCGAGACUGGUGCAGGUUUAAUAACUAAGGAGAAAGAAGCAGACCGGGCUGUUUACGGAUUCUAUUUCUGAAGUAAAUAAACACAGUCGAGACUUCCACAGCCAAAGGACUAGGCCUACAAGAGGACUUAAACUUCCAUUUGGAGGUAAACACAGCCUAAAAGUUGCCCUGCAUACACAGACAACUUGAGAGGAGAAGAGUUCAGACAUGGAGGUCGCAGCAGCCGAUCAGUCUCGGUGGAUGGCGCACCAUCACGCAGUGCUGAACGGCCAGCACCCGGACUCACACCAUCACAGUCUGAGCCACAACUACAUGGAGCCCAUGGCGCCUUUACUGCCCCAGGACGAAGUUGACAUGUUUCUGAACCACUUGGACUCUCAAGGGAACCCUUACUACACCAACUCCCGGGCCAGGGUCACAUACAGCCAAGCACACGCUCGCCUCACUGGGAACCAGGUUUGCCGACCACACCUCAUCCACAGCCCCAGUAUUUCCUGGCUGGACCCCGGGAAAGCAGCCCUGUCUGCUGCCCACCACCAUAACGCAUGGGCGGUGAGCCACUUCAGCAAACCCGGCCUGCACACGAGCGGCUCCGGCUACCCCUGCAGCAGCAGCACCGGUACGGCUCCGGUGGCCUCGCUCACUCCGGCGUCCCAUUCCAGCCCGCACCUCUACAGUUUCCCUCCUACACCUCCGAAGGACGUGUCCCCGGACCCCGGCCCUACCUCUCCGACCUCCACCAGGAUGGACGAGAAGGAGUCGAUCAAGUACCAGGUGCCGCUUACGGACAGCAUGAAAAUGGAGAGCUGUAGUCCGCUCCGCAGCGGCCUUGCCUCGAUGAACAGCCAGGCCACGCAUCACCCCAUCCCGACCUACCCGACCUACUCGCUGCCUCAUCACGAGUACAGCGGCAGCCUCUUCCACCCCGGCAGCCUGCUCGGAGGGUCAUCCUCCAGCUUCACGCCGAAGUGCAAAAGCAAAGCCCGGUCGAGCUCAGAACUCUAUGCAGAGGGCCGCGAAUGUGUAAACUGCGGUGCCACCUCCACCCCUCUGUGGCGGCGGGAUGGUACAGGCCACUACCUGUGCAACGCCUGCGGACUGUACCACAAGAUGAACGGCCAGAACCGACCCCUCAUCAAGCCCAAACGCAGACUGUCCGCUGCCAGACGUGCAGGCACCUGCUGUGCAAACUGCCAGACCACCACCACCACCCUGUGGAGGCGCAACGGGAAUGGAGACCCGGUGUGUAACGCCUGCGGCCUUUACUAUAAACUGCACAAUGUCAACAGACCCUUGACCAUGAAGAAAGAAGGCAUCCAGACACGCAACCGCAAGAUGUCGAGCAAGUCCAAGAGGAACAAACGAGCUGGGGACGGUUUUGACGAGCUAUCCAAGUGCAUGCAGGACAAGGCCUCACCCUUCGGCGGUGCGCCCGGCCUCACAAGUCACAUGGCCCACAUGGGUCAUCUGCCCCCCUUCAGCCAUUCAGGACACAUGCUGCCUACUCCCACGCCCAUUCACCCUUCAUUCGGUCACCCCCACCACUCCAAUCGCUCGCCGGUCUGGGCUGAGCCUCACUGAGGUCCUUUUAGACCCCGGACUCCUCGGUGUGAAGGAGCCUAAACAUCACCAUGAACACUACACGGCCUCCACAUCCUGCCAAGAGCUGAGCAGACUUGUUGCGUCAUGUACAGUGGUUGGAGGGGAGUGACCUUCAGUUGGACUAAUGACUGAGGGUCGCAUCAUGCCUGACCUCACUGAUGGGACGCUGCAGAGCAGGACUUAAGCAGACUUUGUGAAGAGCUAAUGUGAUGAGGAGUUUGUUAGUCCCUGUGUGACUGAAGCAUGCGGGAAUGGAGUGAAUGGAGACGCUCGUCAUUCUUUUUGCUUAUUUUUACUAAGUCACUUUGGUACCCACCUCUCCUUGACCCAUUAACAGGAGACUCAAGAGAGGUCUUAAGAAGAACCGCUGUUUUCACUUCACAACCAUCUCAUUAUAUACUGAGAUAUGUGCACCCUGUCCAUCUCCAGUCUGUCAUCCAGACGGACCAACUCUUCAGUGCUGGAAGUCUCAAGACUGGCUCACAGAUCUACAACGCUGUUAUGAACCAGUCAGGCACAGCAUAACACAGUACCCACAAACCAGUGCUCUCCUCACAUGCUGGAUUGUACGCCACCACCACACUCACCUGUUUUUAAUAAUUGACUUUUAUGGAAAAAGGACAGUGAAUAGAGUGUUUAUAAAUGCUUAAUUGCUAUUAUUAUUGUUAUAUUUGAUGUUAUAAUUAUUGCUACGAUAAUUUAUUUUCACUCUUUAAGCUUUUGUCAAAGACACAUGGAAACUGUUAUGAUUUGAAUUUCAUGGUUAUUACGUAAAGAAAAACACUGAUCUAUCUUAGAUGAAAAGUCCCUGAGCUGUACGUUUUUAUCAUUUUCCCAUCUCACAAAAGUAAAGGAAAUAAAGUUUAAUACUAAAGUAAAAUCUG